AAAGCAAAACAAAAACCAGAACCAAUCGUACAUUAAGACUAAAACAAUCAAAGAAUAAAUCAGUCCAGUCAACAUUAUAUAUAGUUUUCAAGGUCUUUCCAAAGAUCUUCUUCUAAGAAAAGUGCUAGUCGUUUCUUCACUCUUAUAUUUCCAUUUUGUGAAGAACCAACAAAACACAAACAAAAUGGUUUCGACCGAUUCGCCUGCCGCUUAUCAGAUCCUCUUCAUGAAAGAGUGGGUUGCCGAGACGGAUGAGAAGAAGAAGGAGUACUACGACCAGAUCGUUCCCUACAUCAAGGAGAAUUGUCCGUCUAUCGAAUUCGUAGGAAUGGCCUCGAAGCAGUACGAAACCUCUGUCGGAUGCCCGCCGAAUAGCUUCAUUUAUGAACCGAUUGCAAAUGCAAUUGCUCAGGAUAAGAAGCACACUGUGCUGUAUCUUCUAAACUUUAGAUAAGCAUUUCUAUGUAUUUCAAAGCAGCCUGUGUCCAUCUAGAAAAAAAAAAUCAUAUCGAAGAUCAUUAGCCAUGAUAAUGAUAUACUGAUCGCGCAUUCCCUCCUUCCUUCCUUUGCUCAUCCCCACCUUCAUCCCUCCGGCAAGUGGCCUAGCAAAGACGAAGCUAUCAAGGCGUAUGAGUCGAUGGUGAAGCCUGAUGGCUAUGUCAAGCGCGAUAUGCGCAUUAUCGAAGGCCCAUCUGAUAUGUUUGAGAAAGGCAAGUCUUAUUGGGUGGCACAGUUCGAAAAGGUCAUUGACCAAGAAAAGUGGAACAAAUACUUCAAUGCGUUUGGAGCGAAGAAUCAGGUAGUUCCACAUUUGUGAUUCCUUAAUUCAAUGCUCCUUCUCGUCCUGGACAGAGUGGCGCUAUGUGUAUCUAGCUGCAGCUUGGUCGUCUACAACUUGAUGUCUUCUUCCAAUGAAUCUAACCCCAAAAGUGGGUACAUAGACAACCUCCGCUACUCAAAAUUCUCAAAAUUGUUGCACCACGCAAACGCAAUCCACACCGCAUCAACAGGAAGGAUUCGGCAUCAUGUAUGACGACGGGGUAGAACGCAAGGUCUCGCUGAAGCUGAAAUACAUCGGCCCUUCCGAUUUCAAGGACAACGCGCUUAUUGGGGAAGGCAACUUCUUCAUGCCAGAUUGCCCAGAUGACAAGGGAUUGGUCAUUAUUUAUGACUGGGAUGAAAGGAAACCUCUACCUCCUUCGUGUACGUCUUUAUCUACUACCGUGGUCUGUUCCCAUUAUGAUUAUGAAUGACAAAAAGGUCGGUGACGUCAUUCUACCUUCAUCUAGAUAUCUCAUCCCUCUUCUAAUCCCUCGCCGAAUUCCCCGACUUCGAAUCCGGGUUGAAGAUCAAGGAGUGCUCGGAUUACAAGAAUGUCUUGUUGUCGGCUUUGGAUUUGACGUAUACGACUGAAGAGGAGUACGUGGAGGCCGAAAAACGCAUGAUGGUCGAGAGCCAUCGUCGCGAUGUGAGGAUUUUCGAGAUCAAGUAAAGGAUUUUUGCUUUUAUGAAGUCCUCGUAGGAUGAAGAACAAGUUGAAGUCGUAGGAUUAAGAUGAGACUGGAGACUCGACGUUGGAGGUCAGUACUGUAAACCCACUGGCUUUAGACCUCGUUAGAAAUCGAUCUUUACAUUCACUCGUGACUGGGGUACACGAAGUAUUUGGGGAGGCUCUUCACAAGUCUUUCUCUAGAAUGCUGUAUUAUAGCAAACAGAGAAAAAAAGCAACAACAAUGGGCAUGUACUAUGAGUAAGAUAAAGAUUUCCACUAAAAAGUAUUCAACACAAGAUGAAUCUUUCUUAGUCAAAAAAUAAGACACGCAUGAAUUACAAUUACACAUUUCUAACAUACUUAGUUUCCAUUCAGUUUUCGAAGAAGUACUUAGAUCAUCAUGACUAAAUGAAACAGAUCAUGCCCUCUUGGUAGUGCCUGAUUAUCUUGGCUACCUACUUGUCAAUAUUGCAACAGGGAAUAAAAUGAGAAAAUCCAGUGGUUCUAAGUCCAAGUUUUAGUUGCUUGUGCACAGAGAAUCGCAUUUCCAAAAAAAGAUUGAAAGCGAUACGGUUAUUGUCACGUCGCGGGGGCAUGAAAUACAAAGAAGUAAUAAUUAUUGCAGGCCAAAACGGAUAUAUCAGUGUAGCUGCAGCCACUGCCACAGCGGCCGCUGGUAGCUACGUAAUAUUUCGACAGCCUACGCGCCUAAUUCGCCACCCGCCUCCUUGGUGGUGAUAAACUUUGGGUUCCUGUUUGUGCCGGAGAACAGGACUGAUUAUUAUUUUUU